AUGUGGGCUAUCUACAGGGGACUUACAAUUCUAUUCCAGAAAGAAACUAAAGGAGUGGAUAUUGAAUCUUAUUUGGAACUAGCUAUCAACCAAAUACAGAAUGAUCCAUGCCUCAACUCACCAUAUAAAGCUCUCAUAGAGGAUGCAAAAUUCCUGUUGAAAAGGUACGACUGCUCCCUACAACAUACCCCAAAGGAGGGCAACAAAUGCGCUGAUCUACUUGCAAACAUGGGAGUUGCACAAGAUGAACAUGUAGGGGUGCUUGAAGAAUCUCUUGAAGAAGUGAAGGCUCUGGCCAUAGAUGACAUGGCUGGAGUUAGUGUGUUGAAGGAUUAG